UAACAACUCGGUGUUUUUGGGGUGGUUCAGCUGCCAUCUGCACUAGAGCUAUCUAGACCUCUGUUUGUCAACAUGGCUUUGAAUCGAAAUCAUUCUCAGAACGGGGGCGUUUUGAUCAACAACGGCGAAAGUGUGCUGAGGGAGUGCAAGAAUGUGGAGCUGUCCUUCAGCGAUGUGACCGGCAAGAACGAUGUCCUGAAAGGAACCAAGAAGGGGACUGUCUACCUCACUCCAUACAGACUGGUGUUUGUGUCCAGUCAUGCCAAGGACAGCCUGGGGUCUGUGAUGUUCCCUUACUACCUGAUGAAGGGCUGCAGCAUCGAGCAGCCCGUCUUCGCCGCCAACUACAUCCGAGGGACCGUGUCUGCCGAGGCUGGGGGCGGCUGGGAAGGCCAGGCGACCUUCAAGAUGUCCUUCACCAGCGGGGGAGCCAUCGAGCUGGGCCAGGAACUCUUCAAACUGGCCACUAACGCAUCCCGAGCCCCGCCCGCCCAGAACGGCGGUGCCUCCUACGGCUAUCCCUCACCGGGGAUGAUGAACGGCUACGGCCCCGCCGCGGUCCCCAACAGCUACCCCUUCGCACCCCCUCCGCAGCAGAAUGGUUUCUACCAGGGCCCCCCUGCCCAAUCGGCCAACAUGGGCUAUCCUUACCCAACAGCAGCCGCAGGAAUGUACCCAUCUGCCCCUGCCUACAUGGCCCCUCCUCCCCCGUACCCUGGACCGCCCCAGAACUGGUCUGCCCCUCCCACAGCGCCCCCUCCAGGCAAUGCCAAGGCAGCAGAGGCAGCAGGCAGUGCCUACUACAACCCCAGCAAUCCCCACAAUGUCUACAUGCCCUUGGAGCAACCUCCUCCCUACGCUCCCUACCCCAGCUACCCUGAAAAGAAGGACAACUGAAUCACCAGCUCUUUGGAUUCCACCCCCCCCCACUCCAACUCCCCCUCCCCCCACUCCCCCCUCAUAGAUAAUAGAUAAACCGCAGCAAACCGUAACGAUGAUGAAUAUGGUUAUUAUUACUAUAUCUUACCGACUCUAGAUUUCCUGGCUGAACGGCUGGCAGUUGCCAGAAUCCUGGCAGCGUUUUUCUCAGCCUGUAGUCCUCUCUUAUGUACUUUGAAUGUUUGAAAUCAUGACAUGGGAAAGAGGUGACUUCUAGAUCACUUGACAUAUUUUUCCACACCUCUGCUUGACUACAGUUAAUGUAGAACAUUGCAAAAUUGGUAUUAUUCGGAUUUUAGCAGACUGGUCAGAGAAGUUUAGUUUUUCUCUCUGUUUAAAAGGAAGGCUCUUUCUGUUUGAAUGUGAGACUGCCUCUUCUUAGGCAAGGGCUUCUGUCUCGAUAUUUUCCUGAAUGCUGGUCUCAGACCAGUUGAAACUUUUCACAUAGUACUGGGUAUCAUUACAUGAUCUGGAGGAGGAUCUGACCCUAGACUGGUGGUCCUAGUCUGGAGUCUAUGAGCCCUGAAACCCAUUCGGCUGAGGAGGCACAAAGGAAAAUGUCCGUCAGAGUCAAUAGACACUUCUAAUAGCCACAACAUUGUAAAUACAAAAUGUUUAUUUACCAUAACAUUUUAUAGAUUUUUUUUCGCAAUUAAAAACAUUUCAAACGUUCAUAUUGACAUCGGACGGCCGUUCCUAUUCCUAUCGUUAAAAGUAUUUUUACAUUCACACUGCGAGUUAAGUCCCCACGCGCUCGUCUCUGUCUGGGUUUAACAAGGGACGGCUCCGAUUCUUUGUGCCGCAAAAACGCGCUUGCCAUCGGUUCUGGCCUUUUUUUUUUCAGAGGGUUGUAGGGCGCAAACGCCGAUCGAUCUGGCGAAGCGUGCGUAGGUAACGGAAGUCGGCCAUCACGUGCGCUGUUCAUACCAUCUCAAGUUGAAACUUCUGUCAAGCGAGGAAGAGAACCCCCGAAGGGUAAUGCGGUAGACGGCUCUACUCGGUGAGUAAGGACCCGUGGCCCAGUCCCAGACUUGUACUAUAUUGAUGUAUGCAGACUGGCUGAAACAAGAGCCCCCUUCGCUCUGUGAUUACAGCAGUGUGGGAUUACUGGGCCAUGUCUGUCUAUCAUAGUUCUUCAGCGCUCACCUUGCAGUUAUUACUAAUUCACCCUGUGAAUGCAAACUCAUUCCUGAUUAAACUGUUCUGAAGUGACUAACAGACCAUAUAACACAUGUCGACUGUGUGCAGUGAGAUCUCUUUGCAUUUUGCACUAGUUUGUAGGAGGUUGAGGAAUGGUUGGGUUCCCGUGGGAGUUGUCGUCUGUUUGAAUUAAACAAACGGAUAUAAAAUGUCUUCUCUUGUGUUUGUGAACCUUUUUCCUUUUAGAGUUCCUUUUAUGUUGAUACAAAAUUGAAGGAAUUAUGAAUAAAUGUUUGUGAAAAACGAA